AUGUUAGCAGUUUUGGCUGUAUUUCUUCUGGUUGCCAGCACAAGAGGUGAAAAGGUGUUUAGCUGUAGAUACGACGAUUGCACGUUUGUGGUGGAUGAGCGGAGUUUGAAAGAGGACAUACACUCGUACAAGUUUAACUUCACUGUGGAAAGCGAUACUAUUGUCGUGAGUUUCGAUGGAUCGCGUAUCUCGAUUGUUCCACCGUCCCUGUUCGCAGACUACGGGGGUAAAUUGAAAACGUUGAUGAUGAUUGGGGUAGACAUACAACGCGUCGAUCCUGACACGUUCGGUGAGGCAUCUGUGUUACGAUUUCUGCUGCUGCACGACAACCGUAUUCCGAAGCUGUUCAAUCACAUGUUCCGUAAUGCCACGAAUCUCGAGCGCAUCUACGUCGGAAAUAACCGUAUCGCGGAGGUGGAAGAGUUCACGUUUGCAGGGCUGGAGAAUUUGAAAGUGAUUCGUAUGGGACACAACAACAUUGAAGUGCUGCCACGAAAGUUGUUUGCAGGGUUGAGCCAAAUGACGGAUCUGCAUCUUUUUCAGAAUCGUAUCGCGGAGUUGCCGGAUAGAGUGUUUGAGGAUCUCUCAUUGCUAGAUGAGCUGUACUUGGACUUAAACUACAUCGAGAAGAUUUCGAAGGACAGCUUUGUGGGAAUGCCCAAGCUUAGCAAGCUUAAACUGAAUAAUAACCGCAUUAGUACAAUUGAUCCGGAAGCUUUCAAACCGUUAAUCGAGUUAAAUUUUCUCUAUUUGGAAUCAAAUAAGCUGACUACCCUAGCGCCAGAGGCGCUCGUCUCGCAAACGGUGCUGCUUAUUUUGGAUUUGAGUGAGAAUCGAAUCAAAGAGCUUCCAAAGGAUCUGUUCCAACAAACUGUUUCGCUUCAGAAACUGAUAAUGAACAAUAAUUCGCUAAGUCAACUGCAUCCCGAUCAGUUCAAGGGUUUGGAUAGGUUGGGAGACCUGUAUAUGGAGAACAAUGAGCUGCAGUCGCUCGAUGCCGCACUGUUUAGAAAUCUUCAGAAAGUAGAUACAUUGCUACUAAAGAACAAUCAAAUAAGUCACAUUUUUCCCGGUACAUUCGAAUCGUUGAGGGAGCUCGAGGAGUUAAAUUUGGACAACAACGGGAUCAUGAUGCUUGAAGGUGGUUUGUUCCGUGGUUUAAGACUAUUGAAAAAGCUUUACCUUAAGCAUAAUCUCAUCAGUGUGCUACGUGGUGAUAGUUUAGAUGGCGCUAUGCAGCUAAGAGAAGUCCAUCUGGAUGAUAAUCCGAUACAAUCGAUCGACGAAGAGUUUCUCAAGAAGUCUCCAUUGGCACUGUUGUCGAUGGACAAAUGUGGACUGGAGACCCUACCGAAAAAUCUUUUUGCUAACCAGCAGUUCAUGCGUUUACUAUCCCUGGAGGGCAAUAAACUGACCGAGCUAGACCCGGACACGUUCCAGCCACUCUUACGGCUAGUUGAGCUAGAUCUCAGUGACAAUCGGCUGAAAAAUAUCUCGACCAGCUUGGCAAAUCUUCCUCAGCUUGAUGUGCUGGACCUAUCGAAGAAUCGUAUCCGCAGCCUGCCGGAGAAUGCGUUCGCCAAUACGAAUCAAAUAAGAAAACUGAACCUUGAAAACAACCAACUGACAGAAAUUCCACAUGCUGUAACCAAGCUUCCAAAGCUAAAAACGAUGACGUUGGAGAAGAAUAAGAUUAAAUCUACUGCUAUGCCGCGGAACAUACCAGUGAAAGAGCUUUACCUGGCGGAUAAUGAAAUAAGUUCUCUUCAGUUGGAGAAAUUUACAAAGUUGGAGGAACUAUUUGUGGAAAAUAACCAACUGCAAAGCAUAUCGAAAGCUACGUUUGCCAAAAAUACUAAGCUGAAAACUUUGAAUUUAUCGGGAAAUCGUCUAACGGGAGCAUUGGAACGUGCUUUUUCUGUUUUGAGAAAACUGGAAAAACUUACUUUAAAUGACAAUGCAUUGGGCAUUUUGACAACUACAACGUUCCAAGGCUUGGUAAACCUUGAAAAUCUAUCGCUGAAGAAUAUUAGUCUUCCUAGGAUAAGUAACGCACCGUUUGCAUCUCUUUCGGAAUUGGAGAAGUUGGAUAUUUCGGAGAACCGGUUGACCAGUGUUGAUACGCAGGGUCUGAGUAACAAUGAAUUGCUUAAAGAAAUUUACAUCAACGAUAACCUUCUCAAUAUCGAUGAUUUGAGUGGUUUAGUGGGACUGAAACGUUUGCAAACGAUCUCUCUUUCGUGUAACAACGUGAUCGUACCAGACACAUUGCUAGCCAACAAAACGAAGCUUACUGAAUUGUUCAUACAGGGAAGUACGUUUAGCAGUCUACCAGAUCAGUUCUUCCGUUUUGCGCUACCGCUCGAAAAGCUAUCUAUCUCCGACAAUAAGCAGUUUGUGAAGCUUCCAAAAGAUUUCUUCGUGGAUGUACCGUAUCUGGUUGAGCUCGUCCUGCUGAACAAUAGCCUCUCUAGUCUCGAGACGGGGGUUUUCGAUCCUUUGGGAUCACUAGUGAAGUUGGACGUGUCGGAAAAUCCGUUGAAGUCGCUACCGGAAGGUUUGUUCGCGAAGACGUACAGUUUGGAAAGCUUGAGAAUUGCUGAUGCGAAUCUGUCCACCCUACCAGUGGGAAUUUUCGAUAACCUGUACGCGCUGAACGAGCUUGAUCUGAGCAAAAAUCAGCUGAAAACGCUAUCGAAGGGUGUUUUCCAUCGUCUCUACUCCCUGCAUACUAUUUCGUUGGAUAACAAUCUAUUCGAGAACCUGGACCCGGCUGUGUUUGAUGGUAUGGAGAAGCUGAAAGUAGUGCAUCUGGCCCACAACAAGCUCAGCACCUUGAAUCCCCAGCUGUUUGCCGGACUACCGCUUGAAGCACUCGAUCUUUCGAGCAACAAGUUCUCCUCGUUUGAUGAGAGUGUGAUGGCGUUUGCCAAUCGGCUGCUCAUCCUGUCGCUGGAAAACAAUGCUCUUAUCUCGCUGAAGGUAUCAUCAACGCUCGAGAAGCUAUACAUCGACGGAAACCAACUGUCCUCGAUCGAGGUGCAACUGAUUGAGUCGGCACAAUUCAGUACACUCACGACCAUAUCGGCAGUUAACAAUAGUUUCACCAGUCUUGAGUCUUUCUACAAAUUGAAAAUGCUAUCCGAACUGGACGUGUCCUACAACAGGUUUGCGGAGCUGGAGCUGGGAAAGCUGUGCAACGAAAUACUGCCCCUCUACACAGUGAAUGCGUCGAACAGCUACGUGCAGCGCAUUAAGACCGGUGGCAACGAAUCUCCCACGUCCCUUAUGCAUCUUGAUAUCUCAAACAACAACGUCACGACGCUGGAUGUAGGUAGCUACGCAAUGUUCCGAAAUCUGGAGAACUUUGUGUUUGGAGGCAACAAGUUCGAUUCAUUUUCGGUGACCGACCUGAUCCAGACGUUUAAGAAUCUGAAAACAAUCGGUUUGGAGGGCACGACUUGGAAGUGUGGUUUUUUGAACAGCUUAAAGGAGUCAAUAACGGAGGUUGAUGUUGGUUUUUGUAUAUGGAGUAUUCUACUGUUCCUUGUGAUACUGCAUAAGGUGUACAGCACCGUACAUCCAAUUUCAUUCACAUGUGAACCGUCGACAUGCCGAUUCAGUGGGCUAUAUUUCGCGUCUCCGGAGCAAACGAACACUUUGACUAUAGCAUUUGACUACGAUUAUUACAAUCAUGUGUAUUUCGAAAACUCAAUCCUUCCUGUCAUACCGUUGACCCUGUUUGCGAAAAACAGCAAUGUUCAAACGCUCCACAUCUCGAGUUGUGACCUGUACGAGGUGUUACCCAAAACGUUCCGGGACGCAGAUGACCUAAAGUAUCUCUACCUUGACAACAACCGGAUUGAAAAGCUAUACGAUGCCAUGUUUAUUGGGGCAUUGCAUUUAGAGGACCUCCGUCUGGCGAACAAUCAUAUCACGACAAUUGACCAACAGACGUUUGUUGGAUUAAACGAUCUGCUGCAGUUGGAUGUCGCCGGAAACUUGAUACGAUCGCUCCCAAGAGGCGUCUUUGCUGGACUUAGUAAAAUGAAGAAAAUAUCACUGGCAAACAACUACUUACCGCAACUCGAAACAGAAAUAUUCUCGGAAUUGACAACAUUAGAAGAACUGGACUUGAGUGGUAACCUUUUACGUGUCUUAGAAGCCGAAACAUUCUACGGUCUGCUAAGCUUGGAGCGGUUGCAUCUGCAAAAUAAUCGUCUAGAGGCAAUAGAUUCGCAAGCCUUCUAUCAAUUAAUGAUACUGAGGCAACUGGAUUUGGGCAAUAACAAUCUGAAAUUCUUGACUUCGGAUGUAUUUAGACCACUGAGCAGCUUGGAGACUCUGGAACUACAUCAGAACUAUAUUUCACAUCUUGAUGAUACAUUAUUCGCCGGCAACCCCAAUCUGGAGCUGAUAAAUUUGGACAACAAUACGAUCACCACUCUAAAUCCAGCUCUCAUUGCGGGACUGAGCAAUCUUGAGCGGUUCGCGUUUCAGCAUAACUUGUUGCGUGAGUUGAAUGUGCAAAUGUUUGCGAACAAUUCGGCAAUCAAGCGUAUAUGGUUGACAGGAAAUUAUCUGAAGGAGAUACAUCCCGGUACGUUUGAUGGCAUGGGACAGUUGGAAGAGUUGCAUCUGAAAACCAACUUGCUCACUUCCUUCGAGGGAGGUUUGUUGAAGGACUGCAGUGCAUUAAGGGUACUCAAUUUGAAUGACAAUUCGAUUAAACAUCUUAAAGCUGGUGCGCUAGAGGGUACAUAUAAUCUAGAGACUCUCAACAUGGAUAAGAAUGAGAUAACAAUCAUCGAUGAACACUUCCUGGACGAUGCGCCACAAUUAGAAACCCUAACAAUGAUUGAUAAUUUCAUCAAGAGCAUACCCGUGGGGCUUUUCAGCAAACAAACCAAACUGACGUGCAUCCUGCUAUCAGAAAACCAGAUAAAAGAAGUGAAACCGGACACCUUUAGUAUCGUGGAUAGUUUAAAGGCGCUGCACCUUGAUAGCAACCAGAUCGAGCGUAUCGAAGCAGGCGUGUUGAAUUUGACGAGUCUCGAGUACCUUGAUCUGUCACAUAAUUUUAUCAAAGAAUUGAACGAGGCCGCCUUGGCAGGGGUACCCAAUUUAGAAGCAUUAAGGCUGGAAUCGAAUCUCCUAGAGGACGUUCCACCUGCUAUCAAUAAAACCACAAACUUAACCGAACUUGCUCUUCAACGUAACCGUAUUAAGAAGCUGAAGACUGGACAGUUUAGUCAAAUGUCAAAUUUGCUCACAUUGAUGCUGGAUGGCAAUAUGAUACAUACGAUGGAACAGGACUGUUAUCGAGGAUUGGUAUCGCUUACAACGCUGGCAUAUGAAAACAACAUGCCAGUUUACAAAGCCGACGAUCUUUUCGACGAUUUACCCAAUCUUACCGUGCUGCACAUGGACAAAACGAAUUAUACUGGUACGAAUAGUGUUAGAUUCGGUUCAUUGAAGAAUCUGGAAUUGUUGUCGCUCAAUAGAAAUCCUAUGAUCGGGAUAGAUCCGGAAUUCUUAGUUGGUUUGAAGAAACUCAAUCGGUUUGUGUUGAGUUAUACUGAAAUCAGCUAUAAUGGCAGCUAUUUCCAGGCACUUCCGAGUUUACAAAUUGUGAAUCUGAAAGGUAGCAACAUCACAUCCAUCGAUGAGCAUUUCUUUGAGGGAGUACCGGGAUUGGUUUCCGUAGACAUUCAGGAUACCCCCUUACAGUCGAUUAGUGCAAAUGCUUUCCGAAAACUGACGAAUCUCACCGAGCUGUUCAUUGGCCCGUACAAAGGAGAAUUGAAGGACAUACUCUCGGGUAAUACAAAGUUGAACAAGCUGUACCUGAAACAAAUGAACUUUACCACCUUGUCGGAUCAUUUCUUCAGGGCGAAUCGGAAGCUAACAACCCUGACAAUAGGUGGAAAUCCGAACCUCUCUACGCUAAAGCCGGUCUGGUUUAAGCAUCUAGCAAUUCUGGAUUAUCUGGACGUUUCAUCCAAUAACAUUUCCAAUCUUCCAAUAGAAGUGUUCGAGAAUAUACCCGUUCUGCAUCAGCUGUUCCUGAUGAGCAACCCGUUGAAAGUGCUUGAUGUGAAUGCGUUCCAAAAUCUGACUGCAUUGACUUUGCUCGAUUUAGGAAACACUUCGCUCGCUGAACUUCCUAUCGGAAUAUUUGACGGACUGUACAAGUUGGAAGAGUUGUACUUGAGUGACAAUUACCUCAAAAACCUAAAGAAUGGCACAUUCCGACAGCUCUACUCGCUAAGUGUUCUGGAACUAUCCAAUAACUCGAUCGAACAUAUCGAUCCGUUCCUGUUUGCGGAUAUGCCGAGACUAAAGGAAAUUUUUCUGGCGUACAACAAGUUAACUACCCUGGAUGAACGCGUUUUUGCUUCUCAGUUAAAUUUACAGGAAUUGGCCCUGUCACACAAUCAGUUUGUUACCUUCGAUUUGCAUGCAAUGAGUAUUGCACGUACACUGAUCUACUUGGAUUUGGACUCGAACGGUCUAAACUCGUUGAAAAUCUCUCCUAACUUGGAGUAUCUUACAGCGGACCAUAAUCAGCUUUCAACGGUACAGCUACCCGAUUCGGACUACUAUAGAAUGACAAUAUUUUCAGUGCAGAACAAUAGCUUCACCUCGCUGGAGUCGAUCUACCGAUUCAAUCGAUUGCAUGAGCUCAAUGUGACACUGAACAGACUUGCUAAAGUGGAUGUGGCGUUGGUCGCAGAGAAGUUCCAACGAUUGAAUGUGUUCAAUGCAUCGAUGGCAGCCGUCGAGUCAUUCGGAAGCACGAUUAAUGCUUACGAACACAAGGCACUGCGACAUUUAGACUUGUCGAACAAUUCACUCACGGGGGAUGAGUUUAGUAAACUGGGAUUGUUUUCGAGGUUGGAAAGCUUUGCAUUCAGUGGAAAUCCUGUUGAAGCGUUUAAGAUUUCACAAUUGGUGAGCAAGUUCCCGAAACUUCGCUUGAUCGAUUUCGACGGUAUGGGUGUGAAACCGAUCUUUGGGCAGAAGAUUGCUAAUUACAGGUCGAACGAGAGUGGAUUUGGAAAUUGA